AUGUGUUUAAGGAACAAAGAUCACUUCUUGAAAUUGGGAGAUGUUGCCUCAGCUUCGAAGUUCGAAACCCAAGCCCAGCAUACUCGUAAAGACCUAGAUGUCAUCCAGACCAUGUGGAAGAGAUUGGAUCCGUUACCUAGGUUUCACUAUGAGACACGCAUCUUUUCUAUCAUCCAAUGCAACACAGACUUAGCAGACAAUGACUUGGAAGUUGAUGUUAUCAGGGGAGUUAACCUUCCAGGUAAACCAGAUGAUCUUGAUUCGUAUGUGAAAGUAGAACUUCCCUUUCCAUCAGACAAUCCCCAGAGAGCUAAAUCUCAUACAUUGAGAGGUACAAAUAAUCCAGAAUAUAAAGAGUCAUUCAAGUUUGAAAUAAACCGCAAGUCUAGGGCUUUGGCUCGUGUCUUCAAAAGGCAUUCUUUGAAGGUGGAAGUUUGGUCUAAAGGAGGAUUUCUUCGCAGUGAUGCUCAAAUAGGAACAGUUAGCGUAAAGCUGGUUGACUUAGAGAAAGUUUGUACCCUUCAUGAGAGUUAUGAUCUAAUGGAUGGCAGGAAGGCGUGUGGUGGAAAGUUAGAGCUCAAAGUAAGGAUACGAGAUCCCUUAUUGGCCAAACAGGUAGAAGAAGUGAAAGAUCGUUGGCUUGUGAUUGAUUAGUAACCAGUAAGAAAUACUGAACUUUGUUUGACUAUCAUGGAAUACUGGCAAGUAAAUUUUCAUAUGAAGGUUUUUGUGCUACAAAAAAAAGAGGUUUUAUAUCACUGGACUGUAAGUAGAGGGUUUGGGAAGAGGGAAUUGUUAAAUAAUUUCAAAAUGUUGUGUAUAAAUAUUAACUAUAACUAAAAUGGAUAUGAAGCUGACAUAUAUGUGUUUUUGUCAUAGCUCAAAAAUAUUAUAGAAUUAAAUAAAAAAAAAUAUCCUGCAAGGAAUGUAGCUCGAGUAAAUUUUAUUAAUUUGUAAUUACUUUUUAAAGAGCAUUAAUUCAGAUUCUAUAAAAAACAUGUGAUGUGUGUAAACAAUUAUGAAGGAAGAAAACCAAUGAUUACUUUGUUUCUUUUACUUUUCUAAGAAAGCUUUCAGAUGUAUGUUGCAAUUUCAAUUAAAUAAAGAUUUGAAACCUAAUUCUGACCGUUAAGAUGGCUAUGGCUUAGAAGUAUAUGUAUUACUUUACCAGCAAAAAUAUUUGGAAAUCAGUCUAAAGUAACUUGUAUUUGAUAUGCUUUCAAAGAGUUUUACAUUAAUAACUAUAAAAAUGUAAUAACUAGAAAGUUAUGAACAUAAAAUCUGCUUAUAACAAGUCAUCCUGUGCAUAUUUGUGUAACAAAUUAUCCCGUACAUAUUUGUGUAACAAAUCAUCCCGUACGUAUUUGUGUAACAAAUUAUCCCGUACAUAUUUGUGUAACAAAUUAUCCCGUACGUAUUUGUGUAACAAAUCAUCCCAUACAUAUUUGUGUCAAUUCACAGCUUUAAAAACCUGAAGAACUCAGAAAAGUUUAAAACAUUGUUAUCCUGACAUAACUUUAGGCAGGAGAAAAUCCAUAAAGAUCCAUUUUACAAUUCUUUGUAUUAUUGUACUGAGAGUGGGGUUCAUAAAGUAGUUUUAUAUUUCCUUAGCAUGUCUUUAUGUAUUCCCGGAUAUGGUUAGUGACAACUGAUUUUGUGAAGUAUCUAGAUUUUUUGUUGUAGCAGAGUUAUUUUGUUUUGGUUUUAUUAUUCAUCCUGUUUCAGCAACAUAAUUCUUACCACAGCAACAAAAAAAAACCUCAAUGUUUUUUAUGUUACACAAGAGUUUUCACUCUGGUACGUUGUUUUUUCUAAACGUCUCAUGUACUCCUAUUAUUACACAUGCCAUAUUAAUAACUCUUGCUGCCAGAAAAAGGCUGUAACAUGCAGUUGGAAAUCCACAUAAAAAAAGAUAGAUUUUGUCUUGUAAAUUUUUGUAAAUCGUAAAUAUGUAAAUUUAGCUUAUAUAAAAAUGUUAUAUAACACUAAAGUAUUUACCAUAUACCAGUUUGCCUCUGGAGAAGAAAAGUCCAUCUUUUGAAAGUGCUCAGGUCAUGGGGUAUCAUUAUCUUUGUGUACUAUCUACGAUAAUUUGAGAUAUUUCCUUGUGAGAGAAUUGUCGAUGUCUUAUGUCCACAGCUUUGUAUUUACAAAAUCAUUGUUUUGUUAGAUACUUUUAAUUAUUUUAUUAUUAUUUACUUCAAGAGAAAUGAGAAAACAAGUGUUACGACAAUUUGAUACUUCACAGUUCAAUACAGGAUUAUCGACCAAGCUUGUGAGGGUUUCCAUAUGAGAAAACAAGCAACUACAUUUAAAAUUGGAAAAAAAUAAAUUAUCAAUCCGCAUUGUACCUUUUUGGGAAGUUAUAUGUAAUUCAGUUUUUCAAAAAUAAUAGUUCUGUAAUUUUUCAUUUCCAUGUUGUAAAAUCAUCAAAUUGUUAAUUUCUGCAAGAUUGUUUGUGUAUUUAAUCAGAAAUUAAGAAUGUUACAUUGCCCUCGUAUAGAGCUCACUAAAGAGUUUUUAGAAAACCUGUAUCAAUCCAUUUACUGUUUCAGAAUUAAUUGUGUAAAUAUAAAAAUAAUAUUCAAAAAACUUGAUCACAGUGUAGUAAUUAGAUAUUUCUGUAGCUUUUGAUUUAUAUAUUUUCUCUAAUAUUUGUCAAUAACUUCUCCAUAAACAAUUUAAUUUAGAGUAGAAGAGCAAAUCAACUUUAGUAUAAUAUAGAAUAGCUUGAUUGUUCCUUAGUUCUCCUGAAGAAUAGUCGACUAUUCGAAAAGUGCUCGGGUUUUAGGUCUUAUUUUAAGUCUAUAGAAUAACUUAGAGUUGUAAUUUCAACUAAGAUUUGUAGCCUAAACACACUUUCCACAGUAAGACUUGUUCUUAAGGCAAUUUUAUGUUGUUGAAAUCAUGUUCAGGAUAAGAAAAGCUGGAAUUGUUUUACAUGUGUAUUUAAAAAAAUUCAAAAGUAUUAGUAAAAGUGUAAGAAUUUGCCAACACUAUGGUUCUCAAAGAUAAGUUGAUGCUAUAGCAUGAAGCAGAUUACGUUAAUGAAUCUGUGUUAUGAAUAAGUAAACAUAUGUUAUUAUUUCAACCAAAAGUAAAAGUUUGAUGAGUUGGUAUUGUUACUGAUUUUGUUUUGUAACAAGAUUAAAAGUAAAUAUGACCUAUGAGCAGGUUUAAUAAUAGUAAAUACAAACCACUGAUCCAGCUGAGUGAUAUUCAUAGUAAACACAUGUUUUUGAUUUGGACUUAUUUAUGUCAUAUGCAACUGUAUUCAUAGUAGUGAACCAUAUAUCUGGCUUCAUUUUGCAGUAGUCCAGCUGUCAAAUAUCUGUUAUCUUUUAUUCAUGAAGAGAUUGAUUUUUUGUGUUCUCUAAAUAAAGUACUAAAUUUUUUUUGUAUUUUGAAAAAAUGA